AUGUCUUGGCAAGCAUACACUGAUAACUUGAUAGGAACCGGUAAAGUUGACAAAGCUGUCAUCUACUCGAGAGCAGGUGACGCUGUUUGGGCUACUUCUGGUGGCUUGUCUCUGCAACCAAACGAAAUUGGUGAAAUCGUUCAAGGCUUCGACAAUCCAGCUGGUCUACAAAGCAACGGUUUGCAUAUUCAAGGCCAAAAGUUCAUGUUGUUGAGGGCUGACGAUAGAAGUAUCUAUGGUAGACAUGACGCUGAAGGUGUUGUUUGUGUAAGAACUAAGCAAACCGUUAUUAUUGCUCAUUAUCCACCAACUGUACAAGCCGGCGAGGCCACCAAGAUUGUCGAACAAUUGGCCGACUACUUGAUUGGCGUUCAAUACUGA